AUGUUCUCUUACAUUUUUAUAAUUAUCCGAUAUAGUGUAACGGCUAGCACGGUUCGCUUUCACCGAGCAAACCCGGGUUCGACUCCCGGUAUCGGAAAUGUUUUUUUUUACAUUUGUAUUUAG